UCAGGCAGAUCCGGAAGAGCGAUAAGCUGACCAAAGCUGCGCUCCGGAAGAAUCAAAAUGCCGACGCAUUACCCACAAUCAAAAUAGAAACGGUUCAGACUAAUUCCGAUGUUUUUGUCAAUGAUGAUAAU